CAAUGGAUAACCUCACAAACAGAACUAUAUUCACUAAACAGCCUUGCGUACAUCCCUCUACAAGCCACUUUUCUUCCCUCCAAAUCCAUGGCUGCUGCUGUGUCUAAUCUGAGUGGAACUUCCCAAAUCCUUCCCGCCAGGCUGUUAAAGAAUUGGAAACCAAACCAUGGGUCAUCAAGACUAAUGGUGUUUGCUAACAAAAGCAUAGAUGUGUUCCAAGAAUCUCAGUUACAGUUUCAUAGCAGCAGCGGCAUCUCCUUGCAAGUUUCGAGGAGAGCUUCUGUAGGCCUUGCUGCUGUCACACUCUUUCAUCUACUUAGUACUGGAAUUUCGCGUGCUGAAGCGGAGAAUAAUGGGUUGUGGCUAACCGGCCCGAUACCAUCUCCAAUUGUCACCAGCAGGAUUGCCAAUAAGGAGACAGGCACGCGUUCCUUCCUGAGGAAAGGGAUCUACAUGGCAAAACUAGGCCCCCAGAUAAUUCCUUACAGGCUGAAGCACUAUGCAUUUGAUCUGUUGGCUCUGGGGGACUUACUGGGGCAGGAAGCUUGGAACUACGUUAGGAAGUACCUCUGCCUGAAAUCCACGGUCAUGUACUACGAUUUCGAUAAGCUAAUCUCUGCAGCCCCUGAGGAGCAGAAGCAGCCCCUCACCGAUCUCGCCAACCGGUUGUUUGACAGUGUCGAAAAGCUUGAAGAGGCCGUGAAGAAGAAGAGUGAUUCCUUGACACAGUCAUGCUAUGGAGAUACAGAAGUUAUUCUCAAGGAGGUGAUGGCCCGAAUGGCGUAAAUGUUAUACUAAUUCAACAGUUAAAUUGUAGCAUUAUCAUUAUCCUGUCAAUAGGAAAUCUUCCGAGCUCUAGAAAUCUCCAUUUUAAUCAAAUAACAAGGAAUCAUUUAAUAAAACACUUGCAUGCUUGGUGGCUUCAUGGUU